AUCUACGGCGUGAACACUGGGUUCGGUGGUAGUGCAGAUACGAGGACGAAGGAUACAUGGGGUCUACAGGCGUCGCUUAUUAGGCACCUUAAUGUCGGCGCAUUGGAGGGUGGGAAGUUGGAUGCAGCGGACGUCAGAGCAGCAAUGUGCAUUCGCGUCUCGUCCGCUCUUCAUGGCGCUAGUGCGGUCCGUUGGUCGACAGUUCAGGUGAUGGAGACAAUGCUCAAUGCCGGGGUUACGCCUGUCAUCCCCCUUCGAGGCUCUAUCUCAGCAAGUGGUGAUCUUAUCCCGCUGAGCUACAUCGCUGCUGCUCUGACUGGGAAGAAUGGCUCGUUCUGUGAUGUCCGUGGGAAGUCGGAUCCGGUGCCUUCCUCAGACGCUUUGGCGGCGUUGAAUGCUGGGCCCUUGACGCUGAGUCCGAAGGAAGGCCUUGCUAUUGUCAAUGGG